GCGUUAACCCUUGACCUCGGCACAACUGAGACUCCCAAACAAAUCGAUAUCACCUGGCAUGUCUCAAAGUUUAGAAUUUACAAGGAUAAACUACGUUAAAUACGACGGCUAAAUGGAAUUCAAACACCAUCAUGGAGGAUACCCAUCUCAUCAGCCAGGGGGGCAUGUACACUUUCCGCAAGAACAAGUUGUCCAACAUGACUCUGAGAUUGUCAUUUGUCCUGAGGGAGACAGGACUCUUGGUGUUCAUUUAGGUUUUUUACAACACAGACAUCACUAUGAGGUGGCCUUCACUAUACAGGAUGAUCUGGGAGAGGAUGUAGACAUAGAACCUUCCCUACAUGCUAGAAUACUGGAAGUUAUGCCUUCAGAAACAGAAUUUCCUGGCCACACAGUGGCAGUGGAUCUUGCUGCACACAAAGAAAAACUUAUGCAAGAAAAGAUCACUCUCAGGAGCAGAAAUGACAAAAAUAAGGCCAUCACCUUAGUGCUGCAUGCUAGAGUAUUAGGGCGAGGCAAGGGCACCCCAGCAUUAAGGAACGGCAUAAAAUGCACAGGCAUCGAUGCAGAUGAGGAAUCAGAAGCAAGUGACUGGAUGGGCUUUGAUUGACACAUUAACCUCAGUUUACCACAGUAAACUUUUUUAUAUGUUUGAUAACGAUGAUUGCGUUAUAAGUAGAGCAUCUUUUCAUCCAACUCUGUGUUGUAUUUCUUUGAAGAGGAAACCUCUCUAUAAAGGUGGUUUUGACAUAUUCUGUACAGUUUUAAAUACUUAAAAGUAGUCUAUGUAAGUGAAGUUACUCAGUUAAAAAUAAGGUGUUUGUCUAGAUUAUAUGUUUCACUAAAGCAUUAAUCAUACAUCAAACAAUUUUCAGCACAAGACACCAAUAUUCUGCACUUUCAUACUGAUAGAUUGUCUUUCAGCACAUAAAUACAAGUUUCUGGUCUCCACAACUGAUAAGCAUCUGCAAGUUUUCGUCUAUUAAUAGUUCUUCACCUGGUUUGUCACUUGGUAAUGUAUGGAUGGAUGUUGUGGUCCAUGAUUAACCCGAUCAUGGAAAAGAGACAUAAAUUUGCAAAUGUAAGGUUGUUCCUAAUUUAUCAGUGAGCCAGACCCAG